UUUCGAAACGAUAUUUUUAGAGACGCGAGUCGCUGCCCGUUAGAAACGACGGUAGUCAAGUAUCGCCGUUGACCCUCGAGAAACCGAAGCCACGAAUUGCACGACUUUUCCAUUGACCAUUGUGCCUCGAGAUACACGAGCGAGCGAAUCCGACGUCCCACGGAAUCCUCCGCAGGGAAAUUUACCGAAGCUCCCGUGUACACCCCCCUCCCCAGCCGUCGCGCCUCCGCUAAGUGGACAAUUGAAACAAUGGGUGCGACCAGUAGCAGCCACUUCGCCAGAUCGCCCACUUUGACCUCCAUAAGCGAGCGCGAGGCGGAAAGCGCCCCGACAGACCGCCGGACAGACUCCCGCUCCACGAGCGAUCACGGGAGACAAAGAACGUGCGCAACCACGACGGGCGGCCACGAUGCAGCUGAGAAUGAGCCACGAUCACAGGCUCCGAGUCCCUGCGCGACCUUGAAGCCGGACGAAUUCUGGGGCCAGAGGCCAACUGCGCCGAGCCUGACGAGCAUGGUGCCGCCGAAACGCGAGACCUUGUUAACGUAUGCCACGCAAAUGACAGGUUGGCAGGCCGCCGAUGGUCACGGUCCCCCGACGUAUCAGCAGAAUAACGAAGUAAUGGAGCUGUCGCGAGUGAUUUCGCAGCUGGCCAUGGCCAAUCAUCAAUUAGCGUGCGCGCACAAUGCAACGCUGGCGCGCAUGGAGGCCUUGUACCUCGAGCUGUCGAAGGAACGGGAGCACCGGAAGCGCGCCAUUUUCGCCGGAAACUCGGCCACAUGCGACGACGUCCUCAGCAGGAGGCUGCGGGACGAGCCGGAAGAGGCGGUCGUCGAGAGGGAUGACGCGCGAAGACUCGAGCAGCGCGUCGUGAAGCUGGAGAGUCUGCUGGCGACUGGUUGGCCGCGACAGUGCGACAAGCAGCGGGAGUCACGCGAGGACGACAGAUUGCGCUCCAGAAUCGACAGACUGGAGAGCUGGACGCGAACGAGAGAUUCGACAAAGGACGACAACGACGAUGACGAGGACGAGCGCUCGCGGCGCAAGAAGUCGCGCUGCGAGCGAGAUGCGAGCGGCGAGCCGCUCAACGCUGACGAGGACCAAGGCGCGACGACGGACGAAACGGACGAAGCUCGUGGGUGCUGCGAUGUUUGUUCCGGCAACGGCGAAACGAGCGUUCCUAGAAUAGACGGAGGUAGACCGCGUUCCGCGAACGUAGAUUGGGACAAGCCGCGCAGAAGACGCGCGAGGUCGAGAGGUGAUGAAGAGCAGGACUCAAUGAGGAGCUCGGCGGCCGAGGAGGAGGUGCUCAGGUUGUCGGAGGAGAUCGAGAGGCUGAGGGUCGAGCGAUCGGAAUGCCAAGGCGCGAACGAGAGGCUGCUGGGCAGUCUGGCUGACCAGAAGAACCUGGUGGCGAAGUUGAGCGGGGAUUACGAGGAACUGAAGGCGCGAUACGCGAGCGUGGAGGCAAACUUGCACGAGCACAGGCAGCAGCACGGCGAACUGACGAAGCGUCUAGACUCCGCGAAGAGCGAGAUCGACGACUUGCGGUCGCAGAAGGGCGCCGCCGACGCGAGGAUCUCCGUUUUGGAGCGGGAUCUGCAGCAGUCGCUGCUCGAGAUGGAACGGAUGAAGAAUGCGGAGAGUCAGGAGGCCACGAGACUGCGGGCGCAGCUGACCGAGGAGAUGAUGGACAAGAAGAAGCAAAUGGAGGCUCUGGAGGAAGCUUUGCGAGAGAUUGAAAGACUGAAGGAGACCGUCAAGACUGAGAGGAGAAACGUGGAGAACGACGAGGCUGCCCAAGAAGAGGAGGUCGUUGAUAUGAUGGACUCGAUGGACGACGCGGCGGAGAGCCUAUCAGGCACGCACCGUGCGGCCAGUUUGGAGGAAUUUAAGAAGGAGCUUACCUUGAAGAGAGAAGCCAGGCAGAGGGCUAUCGCAGCGGUCUCGUCCGAGAUGGAGAGGCUCAGGCGCGAAUUGGACGCCGAGAAGGAAGCCCAUACCAAGACUUCAGGCAUGCUGGCUCUGCUGCGUUCCGCUCGCGGUGACUCGCCGAGUCUCGAAGCCGCGAGCGACGAGAAAGCGAAGUCCGCGAUGAAAAAGCGAGGAGAGCGCGAACGCUCGGACGACGAGAGCGAGAAAGCGUCGAGACGCGCGAAAGCGCGACGGCUGACCAACACCUUGAAGGUCUCCGACGAGCUGCGAAAUGACAUACGAUACCAAAUCGAGAAGGUGGACGACCUUCGCUACCACUUGGAGUCCGAUCCGGAGCGCCACCGUCAUCGCAUUCGCUGUCUGACGGAAGCGAGCAGUAGGACGCGCGAGUCCCUGAGAGCGCGCGAACGUCAGACCAACGAGCUCAAAGACCAGCUCGCUCAGCUGCUGGUUAGACUGGGCGACAGGAGCUUCCUCGACGUGACAGACGACGCGGGGGCCGAGUGCGACCGACAGUUGGAGAACAUCAACACCCUCAAGGCCCUCUACAACGAGAGACUGAGAGUUCUGAGCGAGCUGAGAGACGUCGCGGUCAAGGAGCUGACGGACUCGAAGCAGAAGCUGGAGUACUCCCUGAAGAAGUCCGAGAACUUCGAGGAGGAGCUGAAGAAGACCGAGGAGAAGGUCGACGCUCAGGCGUCGGAGAUCACGAACCUCGAGUCUCAACUGGGACUAACCAAAGCCGACUGCAGGGACCUUCAGAAUCAGAUGUCUCUCAUCAAUGGACUGUUCACCCAGAUGCUGCUCGGUGCUUCUUCCGCGGACAUGGACCUCGAUCGGUUGACCCAGCUGCUGCAGGAGAAUCACGAACUCAUCAGCGACAUAGCCAGAGAGGAGAGUACCGAGGCAGCGGCUUUGCCGAAGCUUCUUCUGGACUUGGUCGAGCAAGUCGAGGGUGGCAAGGCGUCGCAGAAGCACUCGGCCGGGGAGAACAGCGCGGAGAGCAACAGCGAGACCUUCGACCGGAAGGAAGACGAUCUGCAGGAGGAAGAUAUCGCCCACAACUUGCCGAAGGUGUGGCGGGUUUUAUUAGAGCUACUUAGCUGUCACGCGGUGACCUCUCCGAGCGUUUCCGUAGCCUCCUGCUCGGACCCGAACAGCUGUUACAAAUCCGUAGACACUCCGGCCGGCCCGACGCUGGUGAUAUCCGUCAGCAAGACGUACAUUCGCCUGAAGGAGCUGAUCCUCGAGAAGAAGCACUUGGAGAAGGAGAUGAAUCGCAUGAAGCAGCUGAACGCCCACCUAGAGAGCAAGCUGGGCGAGCAGGAGAAGAGACUGUCCAUGGUGUCGGCCGAGUUGACCAAAACGUGGAACAUCGUCGGCCGCAUGCAGGCGCAGCAUCAGCAGCUGCACACGCACGAGGAGAUACUGAGGUAUGAGCUGCAACAGAAGCGGAAGAUGCUGCAGGAGCUGAAGCAGGAGCUGGAGUAUUGCAGGGAGAAGUGGGAGUCGGCCAGGCAGAAGAACACAAAUACAGAACUGGAAUGGAGGAAUCUGCGCCGCGAGUUUGCCGCGCGGAAAGCCUUAGCUGCUCAUGACUCUUUCAACAACAGCGCUGAAAGCGGUUUCAGCGACGAGAGAGGCGAUGAUACCGACGAAGAAGAAGAGGCGGUCGAAGGAAGGAUCAGACAUGGUCCACGUAGACGAACACGAAAGGAGAGUCCCAGAGCGCCGACGCCGGACACAGAAUCCGAGCAGCCGACGGACACCGAGCUAUCCGAGUCGAAGACUGGUUCUUCGGUGACUUUGGAACAACGCACGCCCACGCCGGAGACGGAAGCGGAGCUAGACGAGAUAGAAGUCACGGAUGUCGACUCGGAAGCUGCGAACGCAGCAGAGCCCAUCGCGGGAAGCACGCAAGAGAUUUUGAAUCCUUUGGACCAGGCGCUCACGAACGUGAUCGAGAAUCUUAUCAUAAUCGACGACGAGGAAUCGAGCAAGAACGAUUCGCAGGAGGAUUCGACGGUUUCCGAAACUUCGCGCAGCGAUCUCGCGUUGGAAAACGGCUACAACCAAAGCGACGACGCGGUUGCCGAUCGCGCGACAGCCUCGAAGACGAACGUCCGCGAUAAAAAUCCACCUGCCUGGACCCCGAGCGUCGAGUCUUGGAGUUCGUUAGCAGCCCCAAAGGCACUGACGUCCACGAGUAACGACCUGUCCUCUGCCGAGCCGUCGUCUAUCGGCUCGUCGGCGAGGCGACGCGACGACGACGAUGACGACGUCGACGACGGUGAGAUAACAAAAUCAGAAAACACUUCGCCAUCACCGUCUGUCUGUCACAUACCCACCACGACCACUGUGAACACCAGCGACGCGAUGCCUGUUUUCUCCAUUGGGCCCUUUCCCGCAUCCACCGUGUCGUCCAUAAAGAGUGUGCAGUUCAGCAACCCCUUGAUCGUGGGUCCGUCUAAUCGUCUCUUUGCCCCAGUGUUCGGCGCGGCCACGGCAGAAUUGGACAAUUCGACGGCCAACUUCACCGCCGCCGCCGUGUCGAUCGAUCGAUCCGACUGCUCGAGUCAGAGCGAGGGCGACUCGACGGAGGGCAAAGAGCAGCGAGCCUGCAAGCUUACGGAGAACGUCACGGAUUCCGACAGUGUUUCCGUAGAUUCUUCAUCGAGUCUGGACACUGUUAGGGAAUUUCCUACGACUGACCGCGCUUCUGCGUCCUCCUCGUCCACCUUGCCGGUCAAGGAAGAGCCGGUCAAGGAAGACCCGUCGAGCUCGCGGCUAGAAGCUGCGGCCAUCUCGACUAAAGCUCGAAUGCCGGAGGAGGUGUUGGCGGCGCGGGCCGAUCGACUGAAGCGUCUGGAGGAGCAAGCCGAUUGGCUGGUGAAGAAAAUGAACGCUACGAGCAGACGAGGCUCCGCUCUCUGCACCAGACUGGAGGAACUUCACGACGUGUACGGUGAACCGCCGAUCCCGCCGCCCAUGCCGGACGUUUUGCCCAGCCGCAGGCUACCGUCCAGCCUGCCCGAUCUACCUCGUCAGGUUGCGGAAUCAUCAUCCGCCGGCGGAACUCAAGCCACCGAAGACAAGAACAAGGAGUCUGCGGGAGACGAGACGUCAUCGCCGAGCGCGAACGCGCCGUGACGCGCUCGCAGUUGUUCACUUGGCGAGGAUUACUAUUUUAGUCAAUGUUUCGUUUCACAGUCGGAGAAGCGGAGCUGAGAAAUGCCGCGCGCACGAGACACGUGAGGGACGCGGGUCCAUGUUCGUCUCGCGAAACGCGCGUGUCUCUUUGUUUUUCUCUCUUGCUCACGCGUUCGACGUCACUCACCGUAAUAUCGAUGCAAUUACGCGCAUCGCACGCGAUCCCGUGUAUUGUCCUUCUUUCUCAAUGUAUUCUUCGACCUUGACUUCAACGUUGGAGAACUUGUCAUUGAAGUUAAAGAAAAAAGAAGAAAGCGGGUUUCCGCGUUCUCUGUCAGCGACAUGUGCGAAACGAUCUUUUCUCAUUAUUCCUCGUGGGGAUUCAUGUGAUCAACCGUUCCUGUUUUGUACCUCAUACAUGUAAUUGAAUAAAAAGAAAUACUCGAAAGAAAGA